AUGGCGGUUGCUGCCUAUCUUGGAUCCUUGCUUCGAUCUUGGGCUGUUGAAAAAAACAACUCCGCCUUGGCCCCCAAUGUCUCCUCGAAGGCCUUCUCGUCCACGGCUGGGCCGACCUCCAGCAACAAUUCUACCGCUCUCGCGGUAGUCGCCGGUUCGGUAACCGCUGGGCUGUCAAUCUAUCUCGACAGCUCAUCCUUAUCGGUAAAGGCAUGUGGAAGCAUCGCAAUGAUGUCUUUCAUUCUGACGACAACAUCGUCAACCAACAGCGCGUGGCUGCUCUCGAUCGACGCAUCCACAAAGAGUUUGACAUGGGUCCUCGCGACCUACCUCGGAACCUUCGCCCUGCCAUCCGUCGAUCCCGCCUUGUAG